CAGCAGCCGGAGGGUGCUGCGGCGGCUGAAGCCCGAUCGAUGCCGGGAGCUCGGAGGAGGCGCCGCCGCUGCUGAGUGAGGGGGGGGCGGCCCCGCCCGGAGAUGGGGAUUCUCAGCAUCACGGACCAGCCUCCUCUGGUCCAAGCCAUCUUUAACCGUGACAUAGAGGAGGUACGGUCAUUGCUGAGUCAGAAGGAGAACAUCAAUGUAUUGGACCAAGAGAGACGAACCCCUUUGCAUGCAGCUGCAUACUUGGGAGACGCCCCUAUUGUUGAACUCCUAAUACUAUCAGGUGCUAACGUUAAUGCAAAGGACACCCUUUGGCUAACCCCGUUACACCGUGCUGCAGCUUCUCGCAAUGAGAAGGCACUUAACCUCCUCCUAAAGCACUCGGCAGAUGUCAACGCUCGCGACAAGUAUUGGCAAACACCGCUGCACGUUGCCGCUGCCAACAGAGCCACCAAGUGUGCUGAGGCCAUCAUCCCCUUGCUUAGUAGCGUUAAUGUGGCUGACCGCACGGGCCGCACAGCACUGCACCAUGCCGUACACAGUGGGCACAUUGAGAUGAUAAACCUGCUCUUAAAUAAAGGGGCCAAUCUGAGCACAUGUGACAAGAAGGAGAGACAGCCAAUACAUUGGGCAGCCUUCCUUGCAUCGCAAGCUCAGAAAAGUAUGGAUUUCCGACCAAUUGCAUUCAGGUCCACAUUCAGAUCCGGGCAUUUGGAGGUCUUGAAGCUGCUUGUGGCCCGUGGAGCUGACGUCACAUGCAAAGACAAGAAGGGUUACACUCUGCUGCACACGGCUGCGGCCAGCGGCCAGAUUGAAGUUGUGAAACACCUGCUGAGGCUUGGAGUUGAGAUUGAUGAACCAAAUUCCUUUGGCAACACUGCACUUCACAUUGCCUGUUACAUGGGCCAGGAUGCCGUGGCCAAUGAACUGGUCAACUAUGGCGCCAAUGUCAAUCAGCCCAAUGAGAAGGGCUUCACCCCCCUGCACUUUGCUGCCGUCUCCACCAACGGAGCCCUGUGCCUGGAACUUCUUGUCAAUAACGGAGCUGACGUGAACUUUCAGAGUAAAGAAGGGAAGAGUCCUUUGCACAUGGCUGCCAUUCAUGGACGGUUUACACGCUCUCAGAUUCUCAUACAAAAUGGCAGUGAGAUUGACUGCGCUGACAAAUAUGGCAAUACCCCCCUCCAUGUUGCUGCUAGAUACGGCCACGAGCUGCUAAUUAGUACUUUGAUGACGAAUGGUGCUGAUACUGCAAGGCGUGGGAUCCAUGACAUGUUCCCCUUGCACUUAGCUGUUCUCUUUGGAUUCUCAGACUGUUGUCGUAAGCUACUUUCCUCAGGUCAGUUGUACAGCAUCGUCUCCUCACUUAGCAAUGAGCAUGUGCUGUCUGCAGGCUUUGAUAUCAAUACGCCAGAUAACCUCGGGAGAACAUGCCUCCAUGCUGCUGCUUCCGGUGGGAAUGUUGAAUGUCUUAACUUGCUGUUGAGCAGCGGCGCUGACUUGAGGAGGAGAGAUAAGUUUGGAAGGACUCCUUUGCACUACGCAGCCGCUAAUGGCAGCUAUCAGUGUACGGUGACGCUUGUCACUGCCGGAGCCAGUAUUAAUGAAGCUGACUGUAAAGGCUGCACUCCCUUACAUUAUGCUGCUGCUUCAGAUACUUACAGGAGAGCUGAGACUCAUUCAGGAAACAGCCAUGAUGCUGACGAGGAGCCACUGAAGGAGUCACGACUGAAGGAGGCAAUCUUUUGUUUAGAGUUCUUAUUGGAUAAUGGUGCUGAUCCAUCUCUCCGGGACAAGCAGGGAUACACUGCUGUUCAUUACGCAGCUGCCUACGGCAACAGACAGAACCUUGAGUUGCUCCUGGAAAUGUCUUUUAACUGCCUGGACGAUGUGGAAAGCACCAUUCCUGUCAGCCCUUUGCACUUAGCUGCCUAUAACGGUCACUGUGAAGCCCUGAAGACACUUGCCGAAACCCUGGUGAACCUGGAUGUGCGGGACCACAAAGGGCGGACGGCUCUGUAUCUUGCCACGGAGAGGGGCUCCACGGAGUGCGUGGAGGUGCUCACCAGCCAUGGUGCUUCUGCUCUUGUGAAGGAGAAAAAGAAGAAGUGGACACCUCUACAUGCUGCAGCUGCCUAUGGGAACACCGAUUCCCUACAUCUUCUCAUUGACAGUGGGGAGAGAGUCGACAUCACAGAUGUCAUGGACCUCCAUGGACAAACCCCAUUGAUGUUGGCGAUCAUGAACGGCCAUGUAGAUUGUGUCCACCUCUUACUUGAGAAGGGAUCCACAGUGGACGCGGCAGACAGGAGAGGCAGGACUGCACUGCACCGAGGGGCUGUGACUGGUUGUGAAGACUGCCUUGCAGCACUGCUGGACCAUGAUGCCUUUGUAUUGUGUCGGGAUUUCAAGGGCCGGACCCCGAUCCAUUUUGCCUCGGUGUGUGGGCAUUCCGAAAUCCUGAGGACCUUGCUGCAGGCAGCGCUCUCUACUGACCCUCUGGACUCUGUGGUGGACUAUAGUGGCUACUCACCAAUGCACUGGGCUUCUUACAGCGGGCAUGAAGAUUGUCUUGAAUUGUUACUUGAACACAAUCCAUUUGCAUACCUAGAAGGAAAUCCCUUUACUCCAUUGCACUGUGCAGUAAUUAACAACCAGGAUGGCACUGCUGAAAUGCUUGUGGAAGCAUUGGGUGCCAAGAUUGUUAAUAGCAGAGAUGCCAAAGGAAGGACCCCCCUUCACGCUGCUGCCUUUGCAGACAACAUCCAUGGUUUACAACUGCUUUUGCGCCACCAGGCUGAGGUAGACGCAACUGACCAACUAGGAAGGACCCCUCUUAUGAUGGCUGCUGAGAAUGGCCAGACGGCAGCAGUUGAGUUUCUGCUGUACAGAGCAAAAGCAGAUCUAACUGUGCUGGAUGUCAACAAGAACACAGCUCUUCACCUGGCCUGCAGUAAGGGUCAUGAAAAGUGUGCCUUGUUGAUUCUGGGGGAAACCCAAGACCUUGGCCUUAUCAAUGCAACGAACAGUGCUCUGCAGAUGCCGCUCCAUAUUGCAGCUCGAAACGGACUGGCCUCUGUUGUUCAGGCUCUGCUGAGCAGAGGUGCCACUGUGCUUGCUGUGGAUGAAGAAGGCCAUACCCCAGCCUUGGCUUGCGCCCCCAACAAAGACGUUGCUGACUGCCUGGCACUUAUCCUUUCCACCAUGAAGCCUUUUCCACCUAAAGACGCCAUCAGCCCUUUCAGCUUCAACCUCCUCAAGAACUGCGGCAUUGCUGCCAAGACGGCGGCCUGCAGCGCCCUGCCCAAUGGGAACAGCUGCCCCUACACCAAGGAUAGGCACAAUGCCAUCGGCUUAGAUGGCUGUUACUCGGAGUAGCUUAAAAACCACGAUGGGUGAUCUAAUAUCUUCUAUUUAUUUAGGAAUUCUAUAAAUAUAGGACACUUUAAAGGAGAACAAGACUGGGCUGGGCCUAGGAACCAAAAACAAAAGAAAAAGAGGAUGUCAGCUUCAGCUUCCUAUCUAGACUUCUGCUUUGACCACUAGCAUCUCUUGUCAUUAAAAUGAACUAACAGUAAUGUAGUUCUCAAACAAAUGCAGAUUCUAAUUCCUUAAACAAAACUAUUCUGUUUUAUUAAUUCUGCUUAGAAUUAGCCCGUGAACCCUGAAAAACCUGCUUGAGCUCUGCCUUUCUCUGCCCUUCACCAAAGGGCCUUCCCUGUUGCUUCUGAGUCCACGGCCUGGUGAGAUUCUUUAAAUGGCUAACCAUUUAAAUUCGAGAUCCCCCGGCUUGAUGGCUUUUGAGAGGAGAAAAAACAACAACGAAAGGCAAACCAAAGUAAUUGCACGUGGGCUAGCAGGGCACAACUCUCCAU